CCCUCAACACCCACACACAGAGUCUAUCAGCGAGCAAAGACGAACCGCUUGAGCAUUCCCAUUAGGCCGCACCAACCACACAUCACCAGUCAACGAGCAGCCUACCUUACUCCUGUCCAGCAACCAUGGUCUCCCAACGCCGCAACCUCCCCCUGCUAGCCACGCCCGAGACCUGCUCCGGGCGCACGUACAUCGUGACGGGCGCCAAUUCGGGCAUCGGCCUCGAAGCCGCCCGGCACCUGGCCUCGCUCGGCGCCGGAAAAGUCAUCCUCGGCGUGCGUAACCUUGUUGCCGGCGAGGCCGCCAAGCGCGACAUCGACGAGUCGGCCGGUACGGCGGGGACGGACGUCAUCCAGGUUUGGCAAGUUGACUUGUGCAGCUACGACAGCGUGCGGGCCUUUGUCAAGCGCGCGGCCGACGAGCUGGAUAGGAUCGACGCGGUCAUCGAGAAUGCCGGGCUGACGCUGUCGGUGAGGGAGAUGGCCGAGGGCCAUGUGAAGCCUCUGACAGUGAAUGUGCUCAGCACGUUUCUCAUGGCCGUGCUCUUGCUGCCCGUGAUGAGGGAGAAGGCGAAGAAGGUGGAGGGCGUGGUGCCGAGGAUUGUGGUGGUCGGCAGUACGUAUGGGUUCGAGGCCACUUGCAAGGCCGACUGGGAGGGGAUCAAGGAGGAUCCGAUCAAGGGCAUGGAUGACGAGGGAAUGGCGCCUCUCAAAACGUACGCCCUCACCAAGCUCAUGGAGGCGUUUGCUAUCCGCCACCUCGCUCGCGAACUGGUGCCGGUCGAAAAGACGGGUGUCAUCGUGAACCUCAUUUGCCCCGGGUUGUGCAUCACCAACCUUGUCAGAAGUACCCCGCAGGACUUCAAGGACAUGAUGCAUCAAAUGUAUGCCGCGGUAGGGCGAACUGCCGAGGACGGUAGCCGCACGUUGCUCCAUGGGGCUGUGGCUGGUCCCGAAAGCCAUGGGAAGCUGCUUCACUCUUGCGAGGACGGGGAGCCAGAUGUUCCCGACUGGGUGAAGGACGACACAACGAUGCAGAAACGCACCUGGGAGGCCAUUGCCAACGAAUUGGAGACUGCAGAGCCUGGUUGCGUGGCAAGGAUGUUGGACUGUGCUUGA